ACUGUAAACCAACCUGGGGCUGCUGAACCUUUGGAGUUUGAUAUGAUGAUUAGGGAAUAACCGGAGUGACACGUCGCAGAUUCUCCAUAAUCAAGGAGAAGUUUCCCCGGGCGGUGAUCUCCCCCAAAUCGCUCAGUGAGCACCCCUAAUUAACCUGAUUUUUUGCUGAUAAUCACUCACAAUGGAAUCAAAUCACAAAUCCGGGGAUGGAUUGACCGGCACACAGAAAGAAGCUGCCCUCCGUGCAUUAAUUCAGCGAACAGGAUAUAAUUUGAUCCAGGAAAAUGGGCAAAGAAAAUAUGGAGGCCCACCACCUGGCUGGGACGGCCCUCCGCCAGAGAGGGGCUGUGAGAUCUUCAUUGGGAAACUGCCCCGAGACCUCUUCGAAGAUGAGCUUAUACCAUUGUGUGAAAAAAUUGGCAAAAUUUAUGAAAUGAGAAUGAUGAUGGAUUUUAAUGGAAACAAUAGGGGCUAUGCCUUUGUAACCUUCUCUACUAAACAGGAGGCGAAGAAUGCAAUAAAGCAACUCAAUAAUUACGAGAUUAGGAACGGGCGUCUCCUUGGGGUCUGUGCCAGCGUGGACAACUGCCGUCUGUUCGUGGGGGGGAUCCCCAAGACAAAGAAGAGGGAGGAAAUCUUAGCAGAGAUGAAGAAAGUCACGGACGGAGUUGUGGACGUCAUUGUGUACCCUAGUGCGGCUGACAAGACGAAAAACCGGGGUUUUGCUUUCGUGGAAUAUGAGAGUCAUCGGGCAGCAGCAAUGGCAAGGAGAAAAUUGUUACCAGGGAGGAUCCAGUUAUGGGGACACCCAAUCGCUGUUGACUGGGCAGAGCCAGAAGUCGAGGUGGAUGAAGACACCAUGUCCUCAGUAAAAAUUCUCUACGUGAGGAACCUCAUGCUAUCGACUACCGAAGAGACCAUUGAAAAGGAAUUCAACAAUAUCAAGCAAGGUGCAGUGGAGAGAGUAAAGAAAAUCAGAGACUACGCCUUUGUGCACUUUAAUAAAAGAGAAGAUGCUGUCGAAGCAAUGAAAGCCUUGAAUGGGAAGGUGCUGGAUGGGUCCCCUAUCGAGGUGACGUUAGCCAAACCCGUCGACAAAGACAGUUACGUCAGAUACACCCGGGGCACCGGGGGAAGAGGUACCGUGCUGCAAGGGGAAUACACCUACGCGUUUGGGCACGUGUACGAUCCCGCCACGGCCUACCUUGGCGCUCCCGUCUUCUACGCGCCCCAGGCCUACACGGCUCUCCCCAACCUCCAUUUCCCGGCCACCAAGGGGCUGACCAACAGGAGCAUCAUCCGACCCCCGUCCGUCCGAGAAAUUUACAUGAAUGUACCUGUAGGGGCUGCGGGAGUUAGAGGACUAGGAGGUCGCGGCUACCUGGCUUACACGGGCCUGGGGCGCGGAUACCAGGUCAAAGGAGAAAAGAGGGGAGAGGAUAAACUCUACGACCUCUUGCCAGGAAUGGAGCUCACGCCGAUGAACCACGUCACUUUAAAACCCCAAGGGAUCAAGCUUGCUCCUCAGAUCUUGGAAGAAAUCUGCCAGAAAAAUAAUUGGGGACAGCCUGUUUACCAGCUCCAUUCUGCCAUUGGCCAAGAUCAAAGACAGCUGUUCCUAUAUAAAAUCACGAUUCCUGCCCUCGCCAGCCAGAACCCUGCCAUACAUCCCUUCACACCGCCCAAGCUCAGUGCGUAUAUUGAUGAAGCCAAAACCUACGCAGCAGAAUAUACCCUUCAGACGCUGGGCAUUCCCAUGGAAGGAACGGAGGUGCCUCCCGCGGCACCUGCUUUUCCAGGAUACACCAUUGCUAACGCAGCUGCAACUGUCACAGCCACCCAGCUCAAACAAGCAGUGACGAUGGGACAAGAUUUAGCGACGUAUGCCGCCUACGAAGCUUACCCCGCCUUCGCAGUAGCUACGCGCAGCGACGGUUACGGGGCGUUUUAAUGCUGUGUUGUAUCGCUAGUUUCCUUAAAUUGAGCACAGGCAGGAAGAUUCUCAUGAUUUUUAACUAAUCUGUCUUCUAAAAUGAGAUUUUUUAGCCAGAGGUUUGUUCUUCUAGUUUGUUAGUUUCGUAACAGAACAUUAGGGGGGGGGGAAAAAGAAAAAUGAAGGAAAAAUCAGUAAAAAUCAGAUUUUCAUACUAAAAAGCAGAAUAUUAUCCCAGAAGAUAAGUGGUUCUCAGGUAUAUAUAUACCACUGUGUGUGUGUGUGUGUGUGUGUUUACAAGCAACAAUCCACGCUGAAAACAGAAUAGGUCCCUUUCAGGCUGUGAUUCGAGAGCCUGGGAGGGAAGCAGUGUUUCUAGCAGUUCCCCACUCUCCUCUCUCUCUCUGUUCGCCUCUAUCUCUACCAGAUAGAGAAAUUUAAAGCCACCUCUUUGGCCCUUGCUGCACAGAUCUCCGGCUUGCCCCUUACUGCCUUUGCAAACCUCAUGCCACAAGCGCUCUGGGGACGUGCUCAGGCUCAGCUAGGCGUCUCAAAUGUCUUUUUUUUUUAAUUCACACCAGCACAGCCAAGGAAGAAAGCUGUUUUGUCAUAAAUAUGUCAGUCCAACCUAACAGGCUAGUUUGUACGCUCUUUCAUGUGAAUUCGAUUUUUCCAGUAGAAAGCAGGCAUGCAAUAGAGUUUUCUCUCUCACUUUGCUACUUCCCAGUCAUACCUAGAAGUCACCAAACAACAAAGAAUGGUUCGUUCUCCCCUCCCAUCCAAUUUUCAGGCAAAGACAGGAAAGCCUUUAGGACUAUUAAGGCUGAGGACCAGAAAAACACUAUUUAUUAGGGCCAAUUCUUCGCUUAAUUAGCCCAGGAGAGCGCACAUCCAUGAAAGUUCCCCCGGGUAACUCACAUACGUCAGCAGUACGUGGUCCUCUCGCUCGGAGCAGCACCGGCCUCUGGUAGUUGGUGUUGGGUUCGUACUCUUUUGGGAUACUGAAAGUGUCCUUUGCUCGCCAGCAGCAGGGGAUUAUCUUUAUAUUUUAGCCACCGGAUUGACGUAGGAGUAACCAUGCCCUACAGAUACAGAAGAAAUCCAGUGGUCAGUGACUACAGGGCACAUUUUGCAAUUGUAUAGAGCAUGCACUCUAAAAGAAACCUUGAAUCUGCUCAGUCUAGAUCUGAAAACCCCCAUAGACUUAUUAACCAGGAGAGUUUACCGCCUGUAAGACGAACAGCUGAACCCCCAUUUGUUGCUUCUGCGACAUCAUUUCAGCUCUACAUUUUCCUCCGUCAGAGAGCAAAAACAAGCAUCUUCCCCGCAUGUCACGAGAGCAGCUUCCCCUCAGUGUUUAGAUGUUGAUGCCCACUGAUUUGAACAGACCUGGCCCCAAAUUUGUUAGCAGGUUUGUCACAGAUAAUGUGACACCGUGAAAGCUAUUUUGCUAUUUUAAGUGGAGCUUUAUCGUAUGCACCUAAAGCUUUGCAAAGAAAAGAUAAUCGAUGAAAAGGUGUUGACUGGUAGGAGCUACGUAUUCUCAUCCUUCAGCUGACGUGAUUUUGGUAGGAAUGGAACAAAACCAUAUAAGCUGUAUAGUUUGUGGUACUAUUAGACACAUAUGUUAAAGGUGUUUUGUAGCUUCGUAGUAGCAUCUCUCUCUCUCUCUCUGUGCCUAGACCUAACAUGUACCCAUGCUCCUUAAAUAGAGUAUGUGUGAGAAACUUAAACGGACACUGUCAAGGUAUUUGCUGUCGUUUUUAAUGUCCUGGCUGUUUAUUUUGAGCACCUUGCUUCCCACGCGCUGCUUGAGCUCUCUCGUGCCUUGUGCUGGCGUUACUACAGCCCAGCAGAAACCGGGGGCCUUUUCUACACGGAGGACAACCCCACGGCCGUAGGUUGCCUUACCUGCGUCACCCCCCAAGCCGAUUGCGUUCGCCUUGCUUUGAGCUUGCCGCCGGCUCGCGAGACACGCCGCGGUGCCUCCCAGGGAGCAGAGGCUUAGGUACCCGCCUGGAUCAGGGCUUUCGGGGACGUCCUGCAAAAAUUUGCCUGAUCACGACCCAUUUCUUCAGUUAAGCCUUAUUAGCGCUCGCAGGUGGGAAUAUUGGCUGUGGAAAAUGAGCUUGUAACCAAGGCUAGGCACGGAAAUCAUUCGCAGUCGCUCCCUUGGACAGUGUCCCUUUAAGACAUCUGGAGCAUAACCUCUAAUCAGGUACUUUGGACCUUCUGUAACUGCUGCUAACGGAGGCUUGUUUCUAUUUAUGAACUAUCUCGUUCAGGUGAGCCAAAAGGUAUUAUUGUCCUUGUCACUGCUGUUCAGCACACCUCGAUUCACAAAAAAAAAAAAGAAAAAGAAAAAAAAAAAGGACAACCCUGAUUACAGGGUUGCAAGAGUGUUAUCGGUAUUCUGGCUCUAUUUUCUCUUCUCUUUCUGUGUUUUAAGUCGUGUUUGAGAAAACGGCCAAUGAAUAAUACAUCUCCGCUUCUCUCUCUAACAACAACAACAGCAAAAUUACUGUCGGUAGAAAACGCUUCUCACUUUCAAUGUUCAGUAAAUAUAGUCUGCUUUUUCAGCUAUUUAUAUAAGUUCAGAAAGAUGUCAAAGAAAAGGGCAAGAAACAGUAUUAAAAAGUGUGUGCAUGAAGCACUUAUUUUUGUACGCUUCGUACAAUAUUUGUAUAGAGUUUUAACACUAUGAAGUGUAGUAAAAAUCACACCAUCCAUUUACUGGAGGGCAAUCAUAUAUGCUUAGAUGAAAUGAAGUCGAAAUGGCAUCUUAAUCAUCCAUUACAAGGAAAUUAUAACCUGGAUUAAAUUCUGUGAAGCAAGUUUGUAAUUCCAGAAUAAUCAAAGGGCAUUAACUGGACUUUGAAAUAUCAUUAAAACUUUUUAAACCAA